CGCUGUCAAACUCCGUCUAUUUGCUGGAGCAGUUGACUCUGUUCAAGUGACGGCUAGCCUCGCUAUCACAACAACAGCUCGUAUUGUUAUCAUUUAUCUCUGCCAGUCACGAGAAACCUCCAUUUUACCUCGACUCUGCGUUUGUGGCGAACCUUAUGCCUUCAUUAAUGGCCUUGGACUAGAUGUCAGGUAUCAUUACAUCCUUCAAAAGUAUAAUUAAUUCGGCAGAUAAAAGCUAGCGUUUCGAUGCUAUCGAUGGGAAACACAACUGGGUAGCAGGUAUGCUAUUGGUUAGCUCCGUUGGCUAGACCAGUCAAAAAAUGAUAUAAUACAAAAAACCUGCACGCUUAUUUGCAUUGUCGUCAACGAAACAAGAAUUUAUAUCUAACGUUUUACAUCUAUAAAGAUGUAUCUAUAUCUCUUGUUUGUUUUGCAUGACAUGACUUGAUCGACCUACAAACAAAGAGGCAGGUUUGACAACUCUCCUAAUGCUGCACCAGCAUUGACGAAUCCUUCUUUACUCCUCGAGGAUGGCUAGCUGCGGCGAGGUGGACCACUCUAUGAGCUCGCACCCGUCCAGCAGGAAGGGCGGCGGCGGCGGCGGAGGCGGCGGCGGCGGUGGUGGCGGUGGCGGCGGCGGCGGCGGCGAGUCGUCCUGCUCGGCCUCCAGCGGCCCGCCGCCCGCCCUGCCGCCCGUGCCCGAGUGCGCCAUCUGCCUGCAGAGCUGCGUCCACCCGGUGCAGCUGCCCUGCCGCCACGUCUUCUGCUACCUCUGUGUGAAGGGCGCCUCCUGGCAGAGCAAGCGCUGCGCCCUCUGCCGGCAGGAGGUCCCCGAGGACUUCCUGGAGAGGCCCACCCUCCUCUCCCCCGAGGAGCUGAAGGCGUCGGCGGCGGGGGGGCGGGGCGGCGCGGCGGGCGACCACGCCUGGUACUACGAGGGCCGCAACGGCUGGUGGCAGUACGACGAGCGCACCAGCCGCGAGCUGGAGGACGCCUUCGCCAAGGGCAAGAAGACGGCCGAGAUGCUGAUCGCCGGCUUCCUGUACGUGGCGGACCUGGAGAACAUGGUGCAGUACCGGCGCAACGAACACGGCCGCCGGCGCAAGAUCAAGCGGGACGUCGUGGACAUCCCCAAGAAGGGGGUGGCGGGGCUUCGCCUGGACGCCGAGGGCGGUCUGAGCGGCCGCGAGAGCUCCGCCGACGGCGCGGACAUGGCUGCUGCUGCGGCGGCGGUGGCGGCGGUUGCGGUCGGACAGCCACAGGGGGCGGGGCUUCCCGCUAGACCGCCUGCCUCUCUCGGCGCCCGGGCCGGCAGGGGGACCCCCUCCCUGGCGGACGCCCUGGCCCAGCUCCAGAUCAGCCCCGGACCGGGACCACCCCGGGAGAGGGCGGAGUCCGGGGAGGGAGAGGAGGAGGAGGACGAGGAGGAGGAUGAUGAAGAGGAAGAGGAGGAGGAGGAGGCCUCGCCCUCCGGGUCUUCGGACCGGCACACCUCCGUGGACGAGUCCGGCUCCGCCGACUGGAGCGACGACGACGAUGAGGAGGAGGAAGGGAGAGCUGAGGGGCGCGGGGGGGUGGAGAGGAGGCAUAGACUGAGCCCGGAAGACAGAGCUCCUCCUGGGGCCGAGUCCGCGGCCUCCCCGCCCUCCUCUGCCAGCAGCGGAGGCAGGUCCAGGAUGCCCGACGGCCAGUGCACAGUGACUGAGGUGUAGCACGGGCGGGGCUCGCCCUCCAGCGGCUGCGUUUCAUUCCAUUAAUUUAUUGCCGGAAGGCCCGUUAGUUACGGUUACGGUUUGGUUUGGUUUGGUUUGGUAGCUGUGUGUUUCUUCUUUUGGACUCAGAUAUGAUGUGGACGGGGGGUUGUUUGUUGAGUAGCAACGGGGGCGCGUUGCUCGGUCACAAUGUUGUGCCUGCGCUGCCAUAUUGUGGAUUCAAGUCGUACGCGAGUUAUGGAUCAUUUAGCUGGUCGUUCUCGGUGACAUUCCUAUCCAGGUUUGUCGUGGUGGGGGGGGGGAACAAGGAAAGCAUGCAACAAAUGAGUCCCAGGUCCAUCAUAGUAAAAUGCAGUUUCAAGCCUUCAAACCUUUUUGGCUGGACGGUUUUCCUUUCGGCACCUGGAGGGGAAAACUCUUGUGACAUGGUUCCUGUGUUUAUCAGCCAAAACAUUCUUACAAAUACACAGUUAACCAUAGCCACAGCUCCGGGGAAUGCCAUAGAAGUUGGUGAUAUGCAAGGAAGAGCCUAAAGGACGUAGAACGUUUGCUGUCCCUGAGACGUUGUCGUGAAGGUUUAUUCAUAGUUGAACUCCACUUAGAAUUCCACCGGGCAUCAGGCGCAAGGUCACCUCGCCCUCCUCCUCGUCUUAACCCCUUCUUAGAAUUGUUUAAUGAUUGAAGCCUUAUUUGAUUUAAAAUGGGAUUGGGGAGGGGGGUUGAUUGAUCCAAACCAUUGUGGAAUGAACCUGUUGAUCUGUCGACAUGUAUGCUCACACCUUACAUGUUUCGUGGUGCCGAGUUGUGAUCUCUAAAAAACCCAACUCAUGGUAAUUGAGUUUUUCUGUCUUGGAUUUGAUUUUGAAUUAACGUGGUUUUUUUUUUGUUUUUUUAAUGUCUUUCAUAAGAUCUAUUGGUUCUACUGUAA